CGGCAGGCGUGGGAGCUUCGAGGAUGGCGGCCCCCACGGCGCUGAUCCUGCCGGAGAGCCCCAGCAUGAAAAAAGCAGUGUCGCUGAUAAAUGCAAUAGAUAUAGGAAGAUUUCCACGAUUGCUCACCCGAAUUCUUCAAAAACUUCACCUGAAGGCUGAGAACAGUUUCAGUGAAGAAGAAGAAGAAAAACUUCAGGCUGCAUUUUCUCUAGAGAAACAAGAUCUUCGCCUAGUUCUUGAAAUAAUAUCGUUCAUUUUAGAACAGGCGGUGUAUCACACCGUGAAGCCAGCCGCUUUGCAGCAGCAGUUAGAAGCCCUUCAUCUCAGACCGGACAAAGCAGAAGCGUUUGGCAACGCUUGGUCUUCUAUGGGUCAAGAAACUGUUGAAAAGUUCAGGCAGAGGAUUCUUGCGCCCCACAAGCUCGAGACGGUCGGAUGGCAGCUUAACCUUCAGAUGGCUCACUCUGCUCAAGCGAAACUGAAAUCUCCUCAGGCUGUAUUACAGCUAGGAGUGAGCAAUGAAGAUUCAAAGAGCGUGGAGAAAGUUCUUGUGGAAUUCAGUCACAAGGAAUUGUUUGAUUUCUAUAACAAGCUGGAGACCAUACAAGCGCAGCUGGAUUCCCUCACAUGAUGCUCCUAAAGACUGGCUUCUCCAUCACACUCCUGCCACCUCAUCAUUCUGAACUGACGAUGGGCCGCCAGGUUAUGUUUUCUGAAGGAUUCAGUAGCUUUCUUCUUGUAAACGACAGGGCUUACCGCUUCUUAGAGAAAUAACAGCCAAGGGAGAUCAUUGUUUCGAGAGCUUCUAAUACCCAUUCUCUCCUUCUGUGAGCCAAUGGCAAACAAUUGUAAAGAAUGCUUUCGCUUAAAAGGAAACAGUAAAUACCAUAUUGUUAUUACUGUCUUGUUUUUGCUUUAUUGUCUGACCUGUUCAUUUUUUACAUAUUUGAUGACACCUUUAUGUAUCAAGGAGGGUCCCUGGAUACAAGGAAUAAUGUGUACCUUAGAAUACAAAACUCUGGUAAUUAUCUUAUUAAAGCAAGAAGGCAACCAAAUGCAAUCAGAUACUCUAUUUUUCCUUG